GACCGCCGCGCAGCGUGGCCGCGCGGGCGCGGGCGCGGUGGCGAUGCGGGCCACCGACCUGCCCGUGGCCCAGACCACGCGGGUGCUCGAGCGGAAAGACGAGGGCAAAAGCCUCGAGCAGGAGAACGAGGAGCUGAUUGAGAAGUUCUCCGCGCAGAUCGACCAGAUCAACGCCAUGGAGGGCGACUUCGACAAGCUGGACAACGAGGGCCUGCGCGCCAAGACCCAGGAGCUCCGCCAGCGCAUCCAGGCAGGCGGGGUCGGCGAUGCCGAGCUGAAUGAG